GGACAAUAGAAAGGGAGUUGCGUGUUGCAACUACUGGGGUGGGUGUUUACGUUGAUGAGAGAACCGGCAACCAGUAUGUACGGCUUAAUGGAGCACGUGGUAGAGCUUUUGAUUCGGGUCCAUCUCAAGCUGUUGGGGCUGUCGAAGCAAAUGUGGUGGAGUUGGGAGGAAGUCAGCCCCCACCAUCUCAGCCUUAGAAGACAAUGUUGUUACAUGAGCUAUUUUUUGUGUAAUGGUGCUGGGGUUGUAUUUUGGAUGGCUCAUGUAAUGGGGUGA